CCAAAGUCAGAAAACUUGUACCUAGUGAUUCAAAGUGAAUACUCAUAAAAUCGUUAACAAGAAACCAAAAGCUUCCAUUUCGUCGAUUGAAUUUCAAUGGAAUCCAAUCCUUCACGCUCCAAUCUGAAACGCCCUUUAUUUGAAGACGACGGCUCCGACAAACCCCCAGCGCAAAAAAAGGUUAGGUUCCCCAAGGGGAAGAAGGCGAGGCCUGGAGAUGAAGCCGUAAACAGAGGAAGACCUGAGGAGGCGGUUGGGGUUGGGAUUGGCCCGACUCCAUUGACGGACCCUCGUUCUGCCGCCAAAGAACGGGCCCAGCGCCGCAGCCAAAUCACAACUGAGCUCUUCAGUGAAGAGACUGCGGGCAUUCUCAACGAUGUCUCUGCUGCUGAAGUUUCUUACAAGGAUUACGAGGACUUUGUUGAGGAUGGGAUUCAAAUAGAACCUUUCAACUUGAACAAGGAGAGGGAAGAAGGUUAUUUUGAUGCAGAUGGAAAUUUUGUUGAAUAUGCCAAUAAAAAUGAAGUCGAGGAUGCAUGGCUUGAUAGCGUUGAAGUUGAUACAAAAUAUGCUGGAAAAGGGUUUGCAGUAACAAAAGAUGAUGAUGAUGUCCAAGAUUUGUCUUCUGAUGAUGUUGGGAAGAUUAAAAGACGUAUUGCUGAUGUGCUUGAGCCAGGGGAAACGGUUUUACAAGCUUUGAGGAGAUUGAAGGGAACUUCAAAUAACAAGAAGGAGAAGAUGUCGGCUGAAACAAAGCGUGUAUUUGACCAAUUAACUGAAGAUGCCACGAACCUGAUGGAUAAUGGUGAAUCCAAUGUCUAUCAUGAAAAGAAAGAGAUGUUUGAGCGUGAGGCAGAAGGAUAUGAGAGCUUAGCUCGGGCAAGAAGGGAAGGCACAUCCACUAGUGCAUACCAGGGGAAAUCUGUUCUCAGCAUGGAGUGGGGCACUUCCUCUGAUGUAACCGGUCCUGGAGUACCCUCUUCAAUACUGCCCGAAACUGCUGUUGGUACUUCCAAUUCUAAUGCACCCACUGCAGAAACCACAAGUAAUGGUGCUGAUGCAUUUGAUAUAUUUGCGGAAGAUGAUGAACAUGUAAUUGCUAAACCAUCUUCUGAAGGAAGUACUGUGGUCUGUGGCCCUAAUUCUGAUGGUGUCAGCUCACUGCCUUCAAACAACUUAAACGCUUAUUCUGAGAAUGGAGUUUUGCAAAAUGAUUAUGUGUUUGAUGAGUCUUCUGGGUACUAUUAUAGCAGCAGUUUGGGAUGUUAUUAUGAUCCGUCUACAGGAUUCUAUUGCUCUGCUGCGUCAGGGCUGUGGUACUCAUUCAAUGCAGAGACGGGCGCAUAUGAUGAAAUUCACCAGGCUGCUACCAGUGUGAAUUGAGUAGGAAAGAGUUUUGCUGCUUCACUGAGUUUGUACAGACCAUAAAGCCAAAAGUUUAGGGUGAAUUGUUGAUGGGUUAGAUUAGAUAUUUGAUGCCCCCAUAGUUUAAUAGUACAACUUAGUAUGGAUUGUUGUUUCUCUCUCGCUCCCUCCCCCAUAGUUUAAUAGUACAACUUAGUAUGGAUUGUUACUCUCUC